CUGCGUCAGCAUCUCGAGCACAAAAGAGCAUCGAAGCGCUCACAAAAAUGCGGAGCCAAAGAACGAGGAGCUAAGCAUACCUAUGAUCUUGUUCUUCUCGGCGAACGGACCCUCUGUAUACCCUUCUGUCGAGGUGCCAAACUCGGACGGCACGAACAGCUUGAUACCAGCUUGCUUCGCCGCGUCGACGAGAGGCGCCUGAGCGGAAAUGGCCUCCGUGGUCACUGUGGACACGAUCACUUCGAC